ACUAGGCAAUGAUAUAAAUGCAGCAAGGCUUGGGGCUGCUGCAGGCUCACUGUAUGCCUUUUUUUUAAUUUCUUUUAUUUUCCCUCCUUGGAUGUCCACUCCCUCGCUGAUCUCCACCUCAACCUGUUUGUCAAGGCAUGCUGAGGGUUGAUCGGAGAGGAAUCCGCGACGCCUGAACUACCAGCUCAUGCAUUAACUAGAGACGUCACGCUUGUGUGGAAGAGCCGAGAGAGAGAAGGAGCGACAGAGAGAGGAGAGAGAGAGAGGGACACCCACACAAUCAAGGCUGGAGAGAGAGAGAGAUUGAUAUAGAGAGAGAGAGAGAGAAAGAAGGAGCGACGGAGAGAGGAGAGAGAGAGAGAGGGACACCCACACAAUCAAUGCUGGAGAGAGAGAGAGAUUGAUAGAGAGAGAGAGAGAGAGAGAGAGAGAGAAAGAAGGAGCGACGGAGAGAGGAGAGAGAGAGGGACACCCACACAAUCAAGGCUGGAGAGAGAGAGAGAUUGAUAGAGAGAGAGAGAGAGAGAGAAAGAAGGAGCGACGGAGAGAGGAGAGAGAGAGGGACACCCACACAAUCAAUGCUGGAGAGAGAGAGGUGGACAAUUGUCUAUCUUGCAACUUCUGAAGUCUUCCCGUCAGUUGAAUGUGAAUCCAGUAUCUGUAGCAGCGCACCAGUCUUUGGAGAGGGUGGAGAAGGAGAGCAAGAGAGAGAAAACUAAUCGCCCAAGAAUAUCACUUUUUAAAAGUUUUUACAAUUUUUUUCUUUUUUAAAAACUUUUUUUUAGUAAGGCUUUGUGUACUGAAAUUUUAUUUUCAUUUCUUAAAGCCAUAAAACAAAACCCCCGGCAACAUUUGAGCAGAUUAAAUGAAUUGCUUCGGGAACUGUAAAGAGACUGCUUUCGAUGACCGCUUGCUCUCAUGAAUGAUAAUAAGGUUCCGGUACCGAGCUUUAGCUAAAAGAAUUCCCAAAGUUUUUCCCUGGAUUUUUUCCAGUUUGAUUUUACUUGAGCCAUGGAAAGAAAGGUGUUGACAAUAAUCCCCUUUUGCUUGUUUUGAGUCCUUCCUUAACUUCUUGGCUUUAAAAAUAAACUAAAAAAAAAAAAUUAACAGAGGACAAAAACGUGGUAAACCAAAAAGACUUGAUGUUUAGAUCCCAGAGGUUCUUUUCCUUUUGCAUCUCAAAGGUCCCUGGGAAACAAACCCCCUUCCCCUCCCCUCCCUUUCCCACCUCUUCAGUCCCCAUUUUCUCUUCCCCCUGGAUCUCUCCCCAAACAACCAACAACCGUUGCCCAUCAACCAAGACUGUUUCCUAUGCUGUAAGAAAGCCCGGCUAGAGAAGAAAUCCCUUAAAAUCAGGACCCCUUCCUGUCCUCUAAACCCAGCUUCAGAAGAAAUUCACUAAAAUGGCAGCUGGCGUGGCAACAUGGCUGCCCUUCGCUCGGGCAGCAGCCGUGGGUUGGCUCCCGCUGGCCAAGAAAUCCAUGCCCAAGCCCCCGGGCGACAAGAAGAGCCGCCACGACGAGAUCCUCAUCAUCAACGUGAGCGGGAAUCGCUUCCAGACCUGGAAAAACACUCUGGACCGCUACCCCGACACCCUCCUGGGCAGCUCGGAAAAAGAGUUCUUCUUCAACGAGGAGACCCAGGAAUACUUCUUCGACCGGGACCCGGAGAUGUUCCGCCACAUCCUGAACUUCUACCGCACGGGCAAGCUCCACUACCCCCGGCACGAAUGCAUCCAGGCCUUCGACGAGGAGCUGGCCUUUUACGGGAUAAUCCCGGAGAUCAUCGGCGACUGCUGCAUGGAGGAGUACCGGGACCGCAAGAAGGAAAACCAGGAACGGUUGGAGGAGGACACGGAAGCAGAAAUGGCGACGGAAACCCCUCUCCCGCCGGACAGCACUCUCAGGGAGCAGCUCUGGAGGGCCUUCGAGAACCCCCACACCAGCACCAUGGCCCUGGUUUUCUACUACGUGACUGGCUUCUUCAUCGCCGUCUCGGUCACCGCCAACGUGGUCGAGACCGUCCCCUGCAGGGCCCCCAAGGGGAUGCUGAAGGACCUGCCCUGCGGGGAGAAGUUCUCCCUGGCCUUCUUCUGCUUGGACACGGCCUGCGUGAUGAUCUUCACCUUCGAGUACCUGAUGAGGUUCUUCGCCGCUCCGAGCCGCGGCAAAUUCAUGCGCUCGGUGAUGAGCGUCAUCGACGUGGUCGCCAUCAUGCCCUACUACAUCGGCCUGGUCAUGCCCGAGAACGAGGACGUCAGCGGAGCCUUCGUCACGCUCCGAGUCUUCCGGGUCUUCCGGAUCUUCAAGUUCUCCCGGCAUUCCCAGGGGCUGCGGAUCCUGGGGUACACCCUGAAGAGCUGUGCCUCCGAGCUCGGGUUCCUGCUCUUCUCGCUCACCAUGGCCAUCAUCAUAUUCGCCACCGUCAUGUUCUACGCAGAGAAGGGAACCAAGGAUACCAACUUCACCAGCAUCCCCGCAUCUUUCUGGUACACCAUCGUCACCAUGACCACGCUGGGGUAUGGAGACAUGGUCCCCAGCUCCAUCGCUGGCAAGAUCUUUGGGUCGAUCUGCUCUCUGAGUGGUGUGCUGGUCAUCGCCCUGCCCGUCCCUGUCAUCGUGUCGAACUUCAGCCGCAUCUAUCAUCAGAACCAGCGAGCAGACAAGCGACGGGCACAGCUGAAAAUACGACUCGCGAGAAUUCGCCUGGCAAAGAGUGGAACCACCAACGCUUUCCUGCAGUACAAAGAGCAUGGCGGGCUCCAGGACCAUGGCAGCGGGAACCAGGCACUGUGUAUAAGGAAUCGGUCCGCUUUUGAACAUCAGCAUAACCAUCUACUGCACUGCCUGGAGAAAACUACAAACCAUGAGUUCACGGAUGAGCACACCUACAACGAGGUGUGCAUGGCCGAGUCCAUGGGCUACCGGACCAGCCGCAGCACCUCCAUCUCCAGCCAACAGGGCCAGUCCACCUCCUGCUGCUCACGCCGGGCCAAGAGGAGAGCCAUCCGGCUGGCCAACUCUACGGUGUCUGUGAGCCGGGGCAGCAUACAGGAGCUGGACACCCUGCACGUGCAGAAGAGCAUCCCGCAGAGCCGCUCGAGGUUGAAUGCCAGGACUCAGGACUUGAAGCUGAACUGCACUGACUUCACUGCAGCAAUCAUCAGCAUACCCACCCCCCCGGCCAACACCCCCGAUGAGAGCAUGCCCCCCUCACCCGCCAUCCCUGGCAUCCUCCGAAACUCGCGGCAGAUGGUGGGCACGAGCACCCAGUACACACAGGAGGCAGUUAAAAUCUCCUCCUUGUAACCCAUGUCAGACAUUACCGGCUGAGACAGUGCAGGAUUGGGGACUGGUAUGAGCUACAUAACAAAAAUACAAGAAUAUUAAAAGACACACUUCAGAGGAGGAGAAUAUUAAAGAAAUGUCAUCUGAGGACCGACGAGAGGAAAUGUACCUCUGAGGAUUUAAAAAAAAACUAAAAAACACACAAUUCACUGGAAGAUUGAUUGGAAAUUCAUUUCUGCCGGCUACAAGAAUAAAACACGAACAUUUAAAAAUAAAAAAUAAAUAAAAUAAAAAAACACACCCACAAACAAUUCACUUCAGAAUGGAGAUUUAAAAUAUAUACGUACGUUUUUACAAUUCAAAGGAGGAUUGACUGGAGGAAACAAACUUUUGCCAGCUGAACACGCAAAACAACAAAAUUCUGUGAAGGACAGUGGAGGAAUUGCGGUCUGGUAGGAGUUGUAGUGGGGAAUCAUUUCAUGGAGGGACUGAUUUGGAGACAUUCAACUUCUGCCGUCUAACAGAUAAGGACACAUCUGAAGGAAAAUAUUGAGGACAGAAGGGUUAGAUGCAACGAAAAAAGCUAAAAAUUAAAACUGCAUAUUCCACUGGAAGAGAGGGAGAGAAAGGGAAGGGAAUACACAUUUCUGUUUGAGUUGGAUAAGGAAAAAAAUGUUCCUCCAUUAGCGGUGCCAGCAAUGGAACCAAACUAAAUUCAAUAUUUCUGUAUGAAAUUGGAGAUGGCAAGUAUAUAUAUAUAUACAUGUAUAUAUGGAUUUGCAGAGAACAGGAGAUUCUAUAUUCGGCAUUAGUGUUAUUCACACAUCCAGAGGGCCAGUAAAAAAGCAACAAACAUAGUUUGAAGAUAAGCAUCUUGCUAACGUCAUGUUUUAUAUAACACACUUCUGAGAGUCACGCGCAUCUUCCAACAUUAAAAAAACUGAAGUCGACUUUGAGACUUGCUUAAUAACAGUGCAUGUGCUUGCAGCUCUGAAGCCAAUGUCAAUGAAGAGCACGUCCGCUCUUGAAGCCUCCUCUGCAUGUCAACUUGUUAUUUUUUUCUGUUUUUGUUUUUUCGGAAACUCAACAAAAAAAAUAAAUAAAUAAAUAAAAAAACAAUAAAAGUGGAAAAAAAAAAAAAAAAAAA